UUGGUUGGCGGCGCUCGCUGUCACGUUGUUCUGCUUCGGUCUUCCGGGUUAGCAGGGGAGGCUGCCUGGAGUUGGGAGGGAGACCCCGAGUAUGAAGAGGGUCACCCUGUUCGUGAAGGGGAAUGCCCGGCAUGGGAAGGUCGUUGCGCUGCACGGAUCUACAAUCUCCGAUGUUCUCUCCCUCGCCAGCUCCAAGCUGGGGAUCCGGGCAGUGGGCGUGUACAAUGAUAAAGGAGGACUGAUCGAUGACAUCGCCCUGAUCAGAGAUGAUGACGUCUUGUUUGUGAGUGAUGGAGAGUCUUGCAUAGAUGACCUGAACGAGCCGAUGGUCACAGAGCCGCUGACGGGAGGGCACACGGACUGGCUGACGCUGAACGUUGGGGGCAGAUAUUUUACCACUACGCGGUCGACACUUGUGAGUAAGGAGCCGGACAGCAUGCUAUCUCACAUGUUCAGCAACCGAGAUGCCUGGGGGAACAAGCGGGACCACAGGGGGGCUUUCCUCAUAGACCGCAGCCCUGAAUACUUCGAGCCAAUCCUCAACUAUCUGCGUCACGGACAACUGAUUGUCAACGACGGCGUCAAUCUUCUGGGCGUCUUGGAGGAAGCCAAGUUCUUCGGCAUAGAUUCCCUGAUAGAACAUCUGGAGCUGGCGAUAAAGAAUUCCCAACCGGCGGAGGAUCAUUCUCCCAUCUCCAGGAAAGAAUUUAUACGGUUUCUCCUCGCUACACCAACCAAAUCCGAGCUCCGCUGUCAGGGUCUGAACUUCAGCGGAACCGACCUCUCCCGCCUGGACCUGCGAUACAUUAACUUCAAGAUGGCGAAUCUGAGCGGCUGCAACCUGACUCAAGCCAACCUGUGCGGGGCGUGCCUGGAGCGGGCUGACCUGUCCGGAUCGGUGUUGGAUGCGGCCAAUCUCCAGGGCGUGAAGAUGCUCUGCUCCAACGCUGAGGGCGCCUCGCUGAAGGGCUGCAACUUUGAGGACCCAUCAGGGCUGAAGGCAAAUUUGGAAGGUGCCAAUCUGAAGGGGGUGGACAUGGAGGGCAGCCAGAUGACCGGGAUAAACCUGCGGGUGGCAACUCUGAAAAACGCCAAAUUGAAGAACUGUAACCUGCGGGGUGCCACCUUAGCGGGGACAGACCUGGAGAACUGUGACCUGUCGGGCUGCGACCUCCAGGAGGCCAAUCUGCGAGGGUCCAAUGUGAAAGGUGCAAUAUUCGAAGAGAUGUUGACCCCACUACACAUGUCCCAGAGCGUCCGAUAGACCGCGAGCGUCUCCGUCCAUCGCUGGCGUACUGGAUACGCCCGGCUUACUGCACUGGGGCGGAUGCAUAUAACCUCUGUACCGCAAUCAUUUACUCUCUCUGAUUUUCGCGCCUCUUGUGCCCGUGGGCUUACAUGUGGCGGUGCAUGGCAUACAUAGGUGACCCAGAAGGAGCAAUAUGGCGCCAUAAGGUGGUGCCAGCCCAGAUCUAAUCUGUUAGGGGGCGGCUCCCGCCAUAUCCUGUACCUGUCAGCCGCUGGCUAUGGGGGGGGGGGUCACCUAUUAUGUUAUAUAUCGACUAUAUCGGAGUUUGCCAAGGACGUGUAGAAGCCGCACGCAGACGUAUAGUCUAUGCAUAUACAAUCCAUAUCGUGUAGCACAAUAGUUAUCGGGAUGUAUAGGAGCCGUGGUUCUAGGGGGAGACCUAAGGAAGAGGAGCGGACGUGACCUGUAGGAACCAUGUAGCACAUCUGGAUGGAGGGGAGACAUCCUAUCCCACCCGUGUCGCCCCGUGUACUGUGGCCUAGCCGCCAUGGGUUACCAAGUGCCUUACGUGAUCUGUCACAGCUGCUUCUGAAGCAAUUUCUCAGUUAUGCAAAAUGGCAGUAUAAAUGCUGAACUCUUCCCCUCGCCCCUAUAUAGUCAAUAAAUAUUUUUGGAAUGAU